CAAGAGUGAAAAAAAAAAACCCCCCAAAAAAGGUCGAGAGGACCACACCACACCAAUAGAAGCCAAAAAUACUUACAGUGCCUAAACCUUACGAGAGACUGACUGCCCUCUCUCUUGACUUUGCCUCGACUCGACUCGACUCAGCCAAACCUGACUGAGCCCUCCACUCCUACAAGUACAAUCCCAAUACUCGCUUCGGACCCCCCCCUCUGCUGGCUGGAGUCUCUACGUACGUACCUCACUCAACCAAACCCAACCCAAACCCAAACAAAACCACCAAAAGCUCUUCCUCUUACAAGGUCAUGCGACCGUAGACCACUCUUCGUCGCCCUCAAGAUUUGAAUUACGCCCCGGACGGAAGGCGAUAAGCCCAAGGCGACGACCAAAGAUGUCGGUUGUCACAAAGAACCCUUUUGCCUACCUCGGCAACGACAGUGACGGCGAGGAGAAGCCCGUCGUUCCUGUCAAGACCGUUGACAAGAACACUGCUCGUACUACUAAGCGUAAUGUCGAGCCCCAGGCUCCCGUAAGGGCCGGUGGUGCUGGCGGUAACCGCCGUGGUCCCGGUGGUAACGAGGGUGCUUUCCGGGAUCGUGGUGCUGGCAGCAACCGAAACCAGAACCGAUCCACUGAGGAGGCUCCUCGUGAUGGUCCCCGAGGCGGUGCCGGUGCUCGUGUCCGUGGUGGACGUGGCGCUAGACACGCCCGUGAGCGCGAUGACCGACACCCUUCCAAGUUCGGCGGCCACGGUGGCUCUGACAAGCAGGCUGCCCAAUCCUGGGGUGCUAACGAGGGUACUGCUGAGCUUAAGGACGAGCAGGCCGGUGAAGCUAUCGCUAAGGAUGAGCAAAAGGAUGCCGUUGCUGAGGACGCUGCCGCUGAGGCUGCCGCCGCCGAGGAGGAGGCCGAGAAGCAGGUCUCUUACGAGGAAUAUCUCGCCCAGCAGGCUGAGAAGAAGGCCGCUCUCGACUCCGGUCUCAAGGUCCGUGAGGCCAACGAGGGCAGCAAGCUCGACAAGAAGUGGGCCAACGCCAAGCCCCUCGAGAACGAGGAGGAGGAGUACUUCGCCCCUACCGGAGGCAAGGCCCAGCGCCAGCGCGAGCGCAAGGUCAAGCAGACCAUUGACUUCGACCCUCGCUUCGUCGAGCCUGAGCGCACCCGAGGUGGUGCUCGCGGAGGCCGAGGCGGCCGUGGAGGUCGUGGCGGAGAGCGUGGUGGUGAUCGUGGCCGUGGAGGUAACCGCGGCGGUCGCGGCGGUGCUCCUCAGGGAUCUGCUAAGGGCAAUGCUGCUAUCAACACCAGCGACCAGUCUGCUUUCCCCAGCCUCGGCGGCAACUAGAUUGCCCAAGCCAAAGCCUGCGCGCCUCGCGCAAGAGAGCGCCCCCCAAAAAAUCCCCUGCUUGCACCCUCUCACAGCAUAAGGCAAGGCAAACACGGGUCAACGUUCAUGCAUGUCCCACGCCCUCCCCCCUUUUUUCCUUUUCCCCCAUCAACUCGUCACGAUUAUAAGAAGGGGGUGGAAAGGAUGCCAUAUUCGUUGUUCUUCGACAGGUUGAAAUGAAAAAAAUAAGUUGACCAUUGGUUUUUUGUGUCUGGCUGGAUGGUCUGCGUCCAACGGGCAAAGUGCUGCGUGAUAUAGGGAAGAUUUGAGCUCAGAUCUCACUAGCUCUGCUGCACCCAGAAAUAUUUCUGUCCUCUAGGUCUUCUCGAAGGUUUCCGUACAAAAUUCAUUUGAAAUUCUCUUAUAUCUUUGCUGUCUGAUGUGUGAUUCACCAUAAGAUGAAUGAACUGGGUUACAAACAACGAGUAACCUCAACGCCCUUACUGUAAAGUAUUAUAAUUACAUAUUAGCGCCU